AUGUCCGGCCAGGCAGGAUCAGAACCGUCAUGGCAAGACGAGAUCGAGUUCCGCCAACGGCCACCGACCUCAUCCACCAGUGAUUACUCGGAGCACUCAUUUCACAUGCGGUCCAAGUCUAGCGCCAAUGCUCUAAACAGCCCCAAACGCCUGUCCGUGUUUGGCUCGCGGACAAGGAGCAAUACCACCACCUCGACCACCAGGUCGCCUGCCUCGUCCACCUCCGGCGAGGCUCCCAUGCCGCCUCCCCACGAUGAAAAGCCCGCUCCAUCGGACAGCGUGGCUCGCUCAUUGCUUCUCCGGGGCAGCCGUAUUCUCCGCCGCCAAGGGAGCAAGCUGAACGUCGCUCCCACUCUGGACGAGGAAGAAGAAGGCGCCAAGACUUCGUCCAAGUUCGAGGUUCCCAAUAUCUUCCAGCGCCCGCAGAGAUUGAAGCGCUCGGAUUCUCACGAACAACUCAAGCGCAUCAUUUCAGAGCCAUACAACUUCCACCAUGUUACCCACACCAGUUCAAAUCAAUUUCACGCUCUGGACAAUACCAGUAACUAUGAGCUGGUGGACGAGUUCUCUGCCAUUCAAGCCUCCCAAACCCCAGAGCCGGGCCUGAGGGGGAUUCGCGCUCAGGACCUCCAUUCCGCAAACGCUUCAGCUGAGAACCUGCACGAAAUGGCAAUGGAAGACGAAAGAAACAAGGCUACCUCCCCCUCGGCCACGAGUCCUCCCAUAUCGCCGAAAUCCCCUGGAAGAAUCGAGAACUUCUCGCGACCAGUUUCGCGACUAAACAAGCCGCUUCCUCCCGCCCCGUCCAUGUUGCCGCCUCCCCGAAGCUCCUCGCGACAAGCUUACGUUGACAUUCCAGAACCGACAUCUCAGGCCAUGGAUGAAUAUCUAGGCCUCAAUUCUCAACUGUCCUUGCCCGACUAUCCGUAUACUCGUUCAGAGGAAGUUGAACUCCCGCGAAUGCAUGGAGCCGAGAUAUUCCACUCAGACGCUGACUAUCAAAUGUCUGCCCGUGAGGACGACGAUGAUGCACAGCUCGCAGCCGCCGUCAUCAACAGUUAUCUUUCUGAUCUGGAGGAUGUUCCCGAAGAGGAAGACCAGGAGGAAGAGGAAGCUCAAGAAAAGCAGGAGACCAAGGAUGAUUCUCAUGUCGAACCGAGUUCACCCAAGGACAACGGCCAGAAUAAGCCUCCCGCCCUCAAUCUUCUGCAGUCCGCUCCAAUCCGUCACGAAUCUGUGGUUGUGGUGCAAGAUCCCCAGCUGUCAUUCUCGGAAGAAUUGAUGUCUCCCACUUUGCCCCAAUUUCGGCCAAAUGCCAACAGUUCGCCAAUGUCUCAGGCGAGCGAUGCCAAAACCAUUAACCGGGAAGGAGGCUUUGAGGAAUUCUCAACUUCGUGGGACGAGGAUAUUGACUUUUGCUACGAGCAUGCUGCAGAGGCUGACUGUGAUUUUGACUGGAGUCGGUCUUCCUUGGACAUGUCGAAAUCUCCUGUGAAAGAUGCUGCGUCGGGUAUUAACAAAAGGUUGACUGUCGUCAAUUCCCUGCCUCUAUCAAUUCCAAACACCCCAGAUCUGGACCCUGGCUCGGCCCAGUCGAUCUUGACUCGGUCCCACGAGGCCAUCACUCCCCUGAGUGAGGGCGCCACACCUGUCGAAUUUUUUCCUGCUAAAGCUCAAGACAAGGAAUACCUGAAGCUCCAGACGAAUGUGAUUGGGGAUGAGCCUAGCUAUGAAGAGUUGCUUGCCGUUCAAGACGACAGUGACGGACAGUUUCAGUACUACACCCAGCGCAGAUCAUACUCGGUCGAUGUCCCUGUUUCCCCACGCAGCAGCUAUUCGCCCAUCAGCAAAUGCAACUCCCAAGAGAGUGUGAUGCUGUCGCGCGCUGCCUCGAUCGUCCGGAAGCACCGCUCUUCGACUUCGACGACAAGCGUGCCGGAUUUGGUGCCUAGCGCUAAUAGUAGCCGCGAGAAUACUGCUAAAGAUAGCCUUGAAUCGUCGGAGCAUGCCACGUCCGCACCAGUUCCCGAAGCCCCUCGGACUGGAUUUUCCUAUCAUCGCCAAGUGAAGAGCCUGGCACCUGAGAUCAACCUGUUCUCCAACAUCGCUGCCGCGCGUGGCAACGGCAGCAUCGAUGUGAUUGUCGACAUGCCUUAUCCUUUGGCAUCGCCGGUCCACGAUCGAACCAAGUCAGCCUCUGCUGCUGAUCACCACAAGAACAUGAAAAUGCAUCAGCGUCCAGAAGGACCUCCUGCAGCUUCACGGCCAAUGUCCUUGGCCCAAAAGAGGAAGAGCCGAGCCGGUUACUCUCUCUUCCCUACUGGGAUGGCGGCAUCCCAGCGAUAA